UUAACACAAGAAAGUGGAAAGAAUUUAUUUAUUUUAUGCGCAUACGAUGAUGUUUUUUUACAAAAAAGUUAAAGUGGGUAAAAUCGUAUUUCGCGGCAAGACGAUAAAACAAUUCGCGCGCGCAACGAUGGUGUAUUUAUCUUUCAGUUCACGUUUCACGUGCCAAAUUUCAAUAUGGCGUCUGUGCUCCGAUCUCUCGAUUUAGCUGCAAGUGCGGCAAGUUCUCAGCAAAAAAUGACAAGAACAGAUUGGAAGAAAGAAAAAGAAUUAGAAGAAGCUAGAAAGGCAGGAACUGCACCAGCUUUGCAGGAUGAAACAGGAAAAGACAUCAACCCUCAUAUUCCUCAAUAUAUUUCGGAGCCUUGGUACUAUGGAGCAUCUGGACCAACUCUCAAGCAUCAAAGGCCACAGGAAGAAAGGCAAAAACAGUUUGCGAAAAUUGAUGCAUCGUAUAAACGUGGCUUGAAAGAGACUGCAGCGAUAAAAUUUCGAAAGGGAGCCUGUGAAAACUGUGGUGCGAUUACUCACAAGAAAAAAGACUGUCUAGAGCGUCCUAGACGUGUAGGUGCUAAAUUCACCGGUGAAGAUAUAAAACCCGACGAAUAUGUCCCUGAACAACAUAGCUUUGACUACGAUGGCAAAAGAGACAGAUGGGUUGGAUAUGAUCCUGAAGAACACCAAAGGGUGCUAGAAGAAUAUCAAAAAAUGGAAAUGGCGAAACAACAGCUGAAGUCGGAUAAACUGCAUCAAGAUUUAAUGGACGGAAAGAAAGUUGAGGAAAAAUUGUCACUUACGUGCAUAACAUUUUAUGUCCAUAGGAGAAAUUAAGUGACGAUGACGAUGACGAUGAGGAUAAAUAUGCUGAUGAUGUCAUUAUACCUGGACAGAAGUUUGACAGUAAGAGGUGAGAUCAUGGUAGUUGCCUUCAAUACACCAGUAUCCACAGAGAGGUGAGAUAGAUCAUGGUAGUUGCCU